AUGCCAUCUCCUAUGCCGCCCAUGCCCACCAAGGAUGACUCCGCGGGCACGUGGGGAUAUCUCCAGGCCGGCGUGGACCGGAUCAUGACCGACCUACGAGAGGGUAUUGAUAUGAAGACGUACAUGGGCCUCUACACAGCGAUUCACAACUUCUGUACUGCGCAGAAGGCUGUUGGCAGUGGAGGCUUCGGCACAGGCGGUGCUAGCGGCGUCAACAACCGUGGCGGUGCACACCUCCUCGGCGAGGAUCUCUACAACCACCUCAUCGAUUAUCUCAAGCACCACCUAGCCGAAGUUUACAAGAAGUCCACCGAACACGCCGACGAAGCCCUCCUCACCUUCUACAUUAAAGAAUGGAAUCGCUACACAACCGCCGGUCAAUACAACAACCACCUGUUCAGGUACCUGAACCGUCACUGGGUCAAGCGGGAGAUGGAUGAGGGAAAGAAGAACAUCUACGACAUCUAUACGUUGCACCUGGUGCGGUGGAAGGAAGACAUGUUCUUGGCCACACAGAAGAACGUUAUGAAGUCUGUGCUGCGACUGGUGGAGAAGCAGAGGAACGGCGAGACGAUCGAGCAGAACCAGAUCAAGAGUGUUGUGGACUCCUUCGUGUCCCUCGGCCUGGACGAAUCGGACACCACCAAGACCACCUUGGAUGUGUACAAGGAAUUCUUCGAGAAGCCGUUCCUCGAAGCCACUGCCGAGUACUACAAGCAGGAGUCGCGUCGCUUCCUGGCGGACAACAGCGUUGUUGACUACAUGAAGAAGGCCGAGGCACGUCUGGAUGAGGAGAAGGAGCGUGUUCCGCUUUACCUGCUUGACGAAAUCAUGGGCCCCCUCAUGAAGACAUGCGAGACGGUUUUGAUUGCCGACCACUCACAAGCUCUUCGCGAGGAGUUCCAACUUCUUCUGGACCAGGACCGCAUCGACGAUUUGGCACGGAUGUACAAGCUGCUUGCCCGAAUUCCCCAAGGCCUCGACCCUCUUAGGACCCGUUUCGAGAAUCAUGUCCGGAAGGCCGGUCUAUCUGCGGUUGAGAAGGUUGCUACAGACGACCUUGAGCCCAAGGUGUAUGUUGAGGCACUGCUGGAAGUUCACACUCAGUACCAGGAUCUCGUCAACAAGGCUUUCGCAGGCGAAUCCGAAUUCGUCAGGUCGCUGGACAAUGCUUGCAGAGAGUUCGUCAAUCGCAACAAGGUCUGCAAGUCUGGGUCCACCAAAUCGCCCGAGCUUCUGGCCAAGUACACCGACCAGCUGCUGAAGAAGUCCGGUGCGAAGAUGUCCGAGGAGGACGACAUGGAGAAGCAGCUGUCGCAGAUCAUGACUAUCUUCAAGUAUAUCGAGGAUAAGGAUGUAUUCCAGAAGUUCUACUCACGCAUGCUUGCGAAGCGCCUAGUCAACACCAACUCGGCUUCCGACGAUGCUGAAACCUCCAUGAUCGCCAAGCUGAAGGACGCCUGCGGCUUCGAAUACACGAACAAGCUGCAACGUAUGUUCCAGGACAUGCAGAUCUCCAAGGACUUGAACUCGUCAUUCAAGGAGUGGAUUAGCGACACUUUCGAUGAUGAGGAUAGGAAGACGGCUGUUGAUGCCACCUACCACAUCCUCGGUACUGGUUUCUGGCCGCUCAACCCUCCUACCACUCCUUUCGCUCCUCCGCAGGUCAUCGUCAAGACAUACGAGCGUUUCAACGCUUUCUACAAUUCCAAGCACUCUGGCCGCAAGCUCGCAUGGCUGUGGCAAUUGUGCAAGGGUGAGAUGCGCGCGAGCUACAUCAAGAUCCCUGGUAGCAAGGCUUCCCCCAUCUUUCAGGUCUCCACUUACCAGAUGGCCAUCUUGUUGCUUUUCAACGACUCGGAAACUCUGAGCUACGAGGAUAUCGAGCAGGCAACGAAGCUUGACAGGGGAACCAUGGACCCCAGCAUUGCGGUCUUCCUCAAGGCGAAGGUUCUGACUAUUAGCCCCGAGGGCUCCAAGCCUGAGCCUGGCACCAGCUUCACCCUCAACCAGGGCUUCAAGACCAAGAAGUUAAAGGUCAACCUGAACAUCGGCAUCAAGAGUGAACAGAAGCAAGAGGUUGAGGAUACGCACAAGACGAUUGAGGAGGACAGGAAGCUUCUUAUGCAGUCUGCCAUUGUGCGUAUCAUGAAGUCCAGGAAGAAGAUGAAGCACCAGCAACUCGUGGGCGAAACCAUCAACCAGAUCCGCUCCCGCUUCACGCCCAAGGUCGCAGAUAUCAAGAAGUGCAUCGACAUCCUGCUAGAGAAAGAGUACCUGGAGCGUCUCGAGGGCGAGGAGAACGACCUGGGGUACUUGGCUUAG